UUAUCGGAUUGAAAAUCAGAGAGACGUAGACACACACACACACACACAAACACCAAACAGGGUUUAUGACUUGGAGUAAGAAGCAAGAAGCAAGGGAAAAUUUGAAGCUUCACGAUGCCGCGCUCGUUUUUGGUCAAAAGCAAAAAGUCCUGGUCUUAUAAUGCGCACCGUUCCGUGGACGCGGGUCCAAACGACGAACAAGCCAACACAGCUCCAGAACCUGCCCCAUCAGAACCAAAGGAGCCAGACUCUCCCAAGAGGAAGCCACUGGAUCUUGUCACAGAACCUGUUCACACAGACCCAUACUCUUAUGUGAAGCGGGAAAGCAAACCGGAGUGUCCCUUCCCGCUGCGCCCCGAGCAGUCAGUCAUAGCUGGCCAGCCUUAUUACAUUUCUGAGCCUCAGAUGGCAGAAUUCCCUCCCUACUAUAAGCCACCCUAUGCCUGGGAGACCCUGCCUUCUCCGUAUGACUUCAGGCAGCUGGGAUUCCACUCAUCCCUCCUACAGCACACAAGUAACCUCUAUGGGUCUGAAUUCAAGCAAAGCCCAGAAGAUCAACAGCCUCUGGAUUGCAGUACACACUACUCACCUACCUCCGAUACCUACCACUGCAUCACCUGUGACAAGGUGUUCUCAACUCCUCAUGGCCUGGAGGUCCACGUGAGACGUUCUCACAGCGGAACGCGACCCUUUGGUUGCAGCAUCUGCAGAAAAACCUUCGGGCAUGCCGUCAGCUUAGAGCAACACAUGAACAUCCACUCUCAGGAAAGAAGUUUCGAGUGCAAAAUGUGCGGGAAGACGUUCAAACGUUCCUCAACCCUGUCUACACACCUGCUGAUCCACUCAGACACUCGGCCAUACCCCUGCCAGUACUGUGGCAAGAGGUUUCAUCAAAAAUCCGACAUGAAGAAACAUACCUAUAUCCACACAGGUGAGAAGCCACACAAGUGCCAGGUGUGUGGCAAGGCGUUCAGCCAAAGCUCCAACCUCAUCACGCACAGCCGCAAACACACGGGCUUCAAGCCUUUUGGCUGCGAGAUCUGCUCCAAGGGCUUCCAGAGGAAAGUGGACCUCCGCAGACACCAUGAGAGCCAGCACGGCCUCAAGUGACCUAAAGUGAGGAAGGUGGACAACAGGCGGCAAGAAGGCCAGGACAGUGAGAAAUUAAAUAAGAAGAGGACAACAGAGAUAUAAGUCAGUUAUGAAUCAUGAAUCACCUCUUCAAAAUCAAUAUUAACUGAAGUAAUUAUUUAUUUGCCAUGUCCCUCUAUACCCAUAAGUAGGGCUUUUGGUAAAUUUUGGCUCCCUUGGCAGGAUAAUGCAAUGCUCACCCAUACCCUCCAUUGGUGUGUAUUUCGUUCUACAGGAUCCAUCUACCUGUGGCCCUUGAAAGCAUUUUAAACAUGGUUUAAAAUGGUAACGCUUUAGAAAAAGAUUAAUGAGUGGUAAUGUUUAUGAAUAAAAUAUUCACUGAUAUUUUAUAUAAAUAAUAUUUAAGUGAGUUGUAAAUUUAUCCAAACACAUGUAAUAUUUAUGAAAUGUGUGGUGUUACUUAUACUCAGAAGGACAGCGAAUAUGUGAAUAAAGUUUUUUUUUUCUUUAUAAACCAAAACAGCUUCUAAUCAAUCAAAUGAAAACACAGUAAAUGUGUAACCUUGGAGUGAUUUGGCAAAUCAAAAGCAGAAUGUCAUAUAUGGACAUGUGUAAACGUAUAAGUUCUCUCGCUAACCUAACAGCUGAAAUUGAAAUGAAAGACAAAAUUGGCCUGGAAAGGUUGUGCUGAGUGUGUUUGUUUUCGCGUGUCCGCCCUGUAGAGGAUCCGGAUGCUUAGUUCCCGUUGGCUUUGCAGUCGUUGGUGAAGUCUUUUGCCAGAGGCAAGGUGAAAUCUCUGUGAGCUAGAGUGUCAUAUGAAUGUGUACCUGGAACUCUGGUAUGCAAAUUACCUGCCGAGCAGGUUUGUAAACUUCAAGGGACUGAAUAAAUGGACUUCACAGCCUGGUGAAAAAGGGGAGGGAAAAAUUAGCUUUAACAUAAAUUCCAUUAUACUUCUCUUUAAAUACUAAAAAUACACACACACAUACAUACACACACACACACACAGACAGACACACACAAGCCAGGAGUGUUUGACUUCCAGGAGGGUGACUCACGUAAAAGAUUUACAUAUGUUAGAUUUUUUAGUAAACUGACAGUACAAACAAGGGGAUAAAAAAAAUCACAUGAGCUUUAGUCCUCUGAGAGUUCUGGAUAAGAAUCUUGUGUUAGCACAAGCGCUUUAGUCCCACUGUUAAAGAACAGUAAGAGAGAGAUUUACAGACACUCCCGUCACUCCCAUCAAUCCAGCUCCAGCUGCUUUGACAAACAAAUUCUUGAUGACACCGCUACACACGCACAGGCUUUCUCAAACAAAAGAGACAGUUAGGAAAAUCCCACAUCAGCACGAUACGUCCUUUUCAGACGCUCAAUUUCCUUGUCAUGGUUUGGACUGUUAUUUGUAGCAACUGUAGUGCAACUAUGAUUUUUUUUUUUAAAAAUUGAUUACAUUGGCAAUUCUUCUAAAAAGAAAAUUUAAUAAAACCACUAUCUGA